GUCAGACGCGCGUAGGAGCAAGGUAGCGCUGGCUUUCUGUGUUGGUUGAACUGACAGUGAGAAAUGUCGCUUGCUUUUUUUGCGAUUUUCGAAUCGUUCGUCAGAAAAGCAAGAGGAAAAUCAUUAGACUGUGUGGUAUAAUCGAACAUUUUCGACGUGUUAACCAACUCAAAAAGUUUAUUUCUUGCAGCAAGUUGGCCUAAAAAAACAUCAAAAGAAGGAAGAAGAAAAUAACCUAUAUAUAUAUAUUUUUUUUAUAUAAAAUGAAGUCAUCAAUAAUGGAAACUAUGAUAAAGAAAGAUACAGACACGCAAACACAAUGGUAUUAGAAAUCUUUGCGAUCUUUUUAGGCAACAAUCGCAUGUUCGUCACAGACUGGCUACAGGUUUUAUCGACAGCUUGAACAUUUUAAUAUUAAGCAGAAGAAGAGGAAAAAGAUAAUCGAAUUCUAGAACAGUGAAAAAAUGAAAAUAAGACGUGCGAUUCUUUUACUUGUUUGUCAGGAAGGAGAGACGAACAUAUAAGAUGUGAACGAUGAGGGAUCCCCUGCCCGCCUUCCUUCCCUCUCCGUCGACGAACCUGAGACACGCGCGUGAGACUGCGCUUCUCUGCUUCUUCCUCUUCCUCCUCCUCUGCUGUGUCCCUUCUUCCCCUGCUUCCUAUGGAGGCAGGGAGCAGGGGAAAACACGGGGCACGGCGCGGUCCUUCGUACAUGAUCCUCCACAAGCCUUUGGUCCUUCGGCUAGCGGGAGGAGACCUGCAGCUCCUCCCGUCGGCGACAGUGUGUACAUUGGUCCCCUGGAGGCCGGCGAUGGCUCCCUCUGGGCAGAUACGAACCGGAAUCCGCCAGUGACAUCCAGAGGGCAAGAUCGGUUCGCUCGGUUUUCCCGAGGACAUCGUAUUUCACAGACUAAAGAUGCUGAGCGCGUGGGAGAAAAGGAUGCUCAGUACCUGCGGGUGGCUCGACACGACUACUCCAUUAGGACCUCGGAAGGAGGAGUGAGAGAUCAAGCGCAAAGGAGCGCGAGGAAAGGUCCCCUCGAGAGCUCCAGGAGACAGGAAGCUCCCUCUGAGGAGCUUAAGGGCCGGAGCGAGGCUAAUCGACCCGAGACGGAGGAAGGAGGAUUCGCCAGGGACAGCGAGCACGCGGAAGCUCAACGCAGUAUCGACUUUCAAUUAUCUCAAACUCCUAAAACAGAGUUGGUCGACAGGCCCGGCACCUUCCACCGGGACUCGCUAAGGCCGCUGGAUGCCACAGACACUCGAGCUUUCGGCGUGCCAGACGCGCCGACGGCGGCGCCGCCGGGAGGGCCAGAGCUGUGGCACCCUCCGCCCCUGAACCACGCGGAUGUCUUCCCUCCCCUUCCGGGAUAUAAUGAGUUUGGAGCCCCCUGGGGCGGCACAAUGGAGGAUUGGGGGCCUCAUAAGCCGCUCCUCGGGCAGGGAGGUGUUAUGGAAGAGGAGGAGGAUGAGUUAGACAGCAUCCUUUUCCACUGGCCUUUGGGGGGCAGCCAAGUGGCGCCCAACAUCGUCCCCGGGAUGAGCAGUGAAUCCGGCUGCGGAUGCUGGGACACGGACUCCAAGGAGCGGGAGGUGGAGUGCAGCUGCUGGGGCCCCUCGCUGCUGGAGGUCCCUUCCAACCUCUCCUCCGCCGUUAAUAUCAUCGCCGUGACCAACGCCGGCGCGGAGACCCUGCGAAACGACUCCUUCACUCGCUAUCGCACGACGCUCCAAGAAAUAGUCCUGGAAGACUUACAGAACCUUCACACCAUUGAAGCCGGCGUCUUCAGGGGCCUGCCGCGCCUGCAGACCAUAUACAUCCACUCCGCGCCGGCGCUGCUGGCCGUGCCGGACUUCACCUUCACGCAGGAGAACGCGAAGCUGCUCAGCCUGAGGAUUACAAGGUCAGGGCUGCAAAAGAUUCCUGUUAUGAAAUUCGCUGGCCGAGAAAAUAUCCUCAACAUAAUUGACCUGGAGAGCAACCACAUCUCAAAGGUCGGCAGGAGAAGUCUGGAAGUUCGCGUGGAACAACUGUUACUUAAUUACAAUCACAUUGAGAGCGUGGAAGAGGAAGCCUUCGCUGGAUCAGCUAUUGGAAGACUGAGUUUCAAGGGCAACAACCACCUGACCUUCAUUCACCCAAAUGCUUUCAGCGGCAUUGAGAGCCUGCAAACCCUAGACCUUUCCGAGACGUCGAUCACCUCGCUGCCCACCUACGGCCUCAAAGGGCUGGAGGUCCUGCGCCUGGAGAACACCCCGACUCUGAAGGUGUUCCCGUCUGUGUACUCCUUCAGGACCAUCCAGGAAGCCCACCUCACUUACCCCUACCACUGCUGCGCCUUCCAGUUCCCGGAGACCCACGACCGGGAGCAAUAUAUCAGACACCAGGAGUUUAUUCGGAAACAAGAGGAGGAGUUGUGCUCGGACGUGACUUCACCCGGCAAUCCCGUUCUCUCCCCGAACGCCCGCGUCCGACGCCGGCGCCGCCAUCUUGUCACACCCACCACACCCACGCCGGAUCCCCAGAAACUUAAUGACAUGCAGAACGAGAAGGAAAUGAAUGCCAAACAAAGAGUUGAUCUCGCUCUCCCCUCGGAAAUGAUCUCCAACCCUUCGAAACGGAUUCACGCCGCUGGGAGGAUCCAUCGGCGUCAGGAUCCAUCGGCUGGACUUAACGCCCGAGAAGAUCCCUCGGACGCAGGCAUGCCCGUCGCGGGAGGACAGGACCCGAGGCCUCGAUCUCGCCGCAGGGACAGCGCGAGGAUGCAUCCCUUGCUCGACAGGUCUUCGGAAUCCGGAAUUCACUCGCUGGGUUCCCGAUUCCUGGUGGAGGCCGACAAGACCAGGGUGCGGGACGGCGGCCCGAAGGACAGCGCCCCGGACGAGAUCAUCCCGUCGCCGGACAAGAGAUUCGGGAAGGAGGAGUUCCCGGACAACGCAGAUGAUGUGGCAGAUAGAGGGAGUUUUGUCGGAAGGAUACCCGUGGCAGGGAAUGGCUACCCGAGCUCCUUCCUUGGCUUCGGCUCCUUUAACUACUCCUCCGACAGAUACCCGACCGACGCCUCCAAGAGCAACGAGUCCGUCCCGAGCGGCCGCUGGGGCGGCCAUCAGGGAUGGGCGAGAGGUCCUCCCCCGCCCUUGGACUCCGGCGAUGACAACACCUACGGCCUGUACAUCCCUCACGACGGCGGCCACGCCCUUGGCUUCCCCGAAGCCACAGACGGCGAGGGGUUUCACGAAGCGACGGGAGGGGGCUUCCGCCUCUUUGACGAGACUGAGGACGAGCCUCUUGUCCCGCUGCAGCACGACAACAGCUGGCAUCCAAUUCAGGCUCCGCUCAACAACACCACGAUCAUCGUCCUUUGCGGAAACAUCUCCAAGAACUACCACGACGUGCUGUGCAUUCCGGCGCCGGACGCCUUCAACCCCUGCGAGGACAUCAUGGGCAACCUGGCGCUGCGGGUCGCCGUGUGGUUCGUGGUCGUCACGGCCGUCGUGGGCAACCUGGCAGUCAUGCUGGUGCUCGUGUCGUCCAAGUUCAGAAUGACUGUCAGUAAGUUCCUGAUGGUGAACCUGGCCAUCGCCGACCUGUGCAUGGGCGUCUACCUGCUCAUCAUCGCGGCCAUGGACCUGCACACCAUCGGCGUCUACUUCAACUACGCCAUCGACUGGCAGAACGGUCCCGGGUGCAAGGUCGCCGGCUUCCUGACGGUGUUUGCCUCCGAGCUCUCCAUCUUUACGCUGACGGUGAUCACGUCGGAGCGCUGGUAUGCCAUCACGUACGCCAUCCAUCUGAACAAGCGGCUCAAACUUUCCAUGGCGGCCAAGAUCAUGGUCCUCGGCUGGAUCUACUCCAUCUCCAUGGCAACCCUUCCCCUCGUUGGCAUCUCGGGCUACAGCAAGACGAGCAUCUGUCUGCCAAUGGAAACCGGCGACGCGCUAGCUCUGGCCUACCUUAUAUCCCUCCUGCUGGUGAACGGCCUGGCCUUCUUCGUCAUCACUGCUUGCUACGCCAGCAUGUACUGCUCCAUCAGCAGGCACGAUGCCACCGCCACGCAUUCCGACCUCACUGUGGCCAAGAGAAUGGCGCUCCUCGUCUUCACGGACUUCGCCUGCUGGGCCCCCAUCGCCUUCUUCGGGUUGACAGCGGUCGCCGGCCUGCCCUUGAUCAACGUCACGCGAGCCAAGAUCCUCCUUGUAUUUUUCUAUCCCCUCAACUCCUGCGCCAAUCCUUACCUGUACGCCAUCCUCACAAAGCAGUACCGCAGGGACCUGUUCAUCCUUCUCGCCAGACACGGCUUCUGCACCAAGAGGGCAAUGAGGUACAAGGGUGCGUACUCCUCUGUGAACAACACCUUCCCACACAACACGGUGGUCAACGCGCCGAACCACCGCAAUUCAACGCUGACCCAGAUUACCCUCUGUGACCUGACGCGAACCGCCCGGGCGUCGCAGCAGAGCAACAAUGGGUCCCUUCUUGGGACUAUGGUAGGAGGCUCACAGGACUCCCUUCAGAGGAGUGUGUCCCCUUCCAGAACGCCGACUAAGCCAGAGACAUGCUGCGCCGAGACGGAACGACUGAGCACGGUGCAGGAGAUGAGUCACAGCACUCACAGCGACGACGAAAGUUCCGAUCACGCCCACGCCAACAACGACGGCGAGGACGACGACGGGCCAAGCGGCAUCGUCAAGCAGGCCGGCUCGCCGCACCCGAUCAAGAAUUGCUACACCAGACUUCCCUUUACUCCCGAGCAGGAGAAGAUUCUCAAGCAGGCUCUCCACGAAUCAAAAGCCAAGAAGAAAGCGAAGGGAGACGCUCUGAGAGAACAUGGGAGUCAGAUUCCCGAAGAAAACGAGAAAUUGAUUAAAGAAAACGGCAGUGUGUGCCAGGAAAUGAAAACCUUCGGUCGAGGGGAGGCUAUUGUAGUCUGCGAAGUAGAAGUCAGGCGCAGCGGCCCUGCAUCAAAUAUAAAUUUAGACGAAAUAGAAGCUACAUCAACAGUGUAAUGAAAUAAUAAGGUGCAUAUAUAAGACUAGCUGUAUGUCUAUUUAUAUAAAUAUAUGAACAUAUAUGUUUGAUUAUGAGUAUCAGUUUCAUGUUGGUAUUUAUGUUAGCAACAAUUCACACUGCAUAAUUGCAAUGAGCUUUGUAAGGCCAUUUAUGCACCAUAUUUCAUUUUGUUUCCGCCUGUAGAGGACUAAGUUCAUUGCAUGUAUGUUCGCUACAUGUAAUGUGACAUUUAAAAGAAACAAGAACAUUUAACAGAUUUCAGAUUUUAGAUUUUUGUUCAGUUAUAAUUUCGAGAUCCGAAUUUUGAUCCUCAAUGAAGCAUGAGGAACAAGAAUCGGGUUGAUUUCUCUUUAUCGUAUAAUUUUUCAUAUUUCUCUCUCUCUCUCUCUCUCUAUCUCUCUCUCUCUCUCUCUCUCUCUCUC